AUGGACAAAAAAGGAGGCUUCCAGGAAGCCCGGUAUCUUGAGUUUGUACGCUCGUCCGAAACCACCGGCGUCGAUGGGAAACCCAUGUUGAACCGCUACUCGACCCAUCUCACCCGCGAACAUGACUUCCCUGGCGCCCAAGCCAUGCUCUUUGGUGCCGGCGUGCCCGAUCGACAAACCAUGCAGACGGCGCCUCACGUCGGCAUCGCCAGCGUCUGGUGGGAAGGGAACCCGUGCAACAUGCAUCUCUACGACCUCGGCAGGGAGGUCAAGAAGGCCGUCACCUCGCGCGGCAUGUUGGCCUGGCAGUACAACACCAUCGGGGUCAGCGAUGCCAUCACGAUGGGCAACCAGGGGAUGCGGUUCAGCCUGCAGACCCGCGAGAUCAUCGCCGACUCGGUCGAGACGGUGACGUGCGCGCAGGCACACGACGCCAACAUCACCAUCCCCGGCUGCGACAAGAACAUGCCCGGCUGUAUCAUGGGCAUGGCGCGCCACAACAGACCGAGUCUGAUGAUCUACGGCGGCACCAUCGACAAGGGCUACUCCAAAACCCUCCGCAAGCCCGUGAAUGUCGCAACUUGCUACGAGGCCUUCGGCGCCUACCAGUACAACACACUCAGACAGCCCGACGACGGCGGCGACACGUCCAAGACGAAAGACGACAUCAUGGACGAUUUGGAGAAGCACGCUUGUCCCGGAGCCGGUGCCUGCGGAGGCAUGUACACCGCCAACACGAUGGCGACGGCCAUUGAAACCAUGGGCCUCUCCCUGCCCGGGUCGAGUUCGACCCCGGCGACGUCACCUGCGAAGAUGCGAGAAUGCGCCAAAGCCGCCGACGCCAUCAAGGUGUGCCUCGAGAAGGAAAUCACGCCCAAGCAGCUGUUGACCAAGAAAUCGUUCGAGAAUGCCCUCGUCAUCACGAUGGCGCUCGGGGGGAGUACGAAUGCGGUGCUACAUUUUCUGGCCAUGGCCGUGACUGCAGGAGUGGAACUGACGCUCGAUGACUUUCAAAGAGUCAGCAACAAGAUUCCAUUCAUCGCCGACCUGGCCCCGUCUGGCAAAUAUUUGAUGGCCGAUCUGUACGAGAUCGGCGGCGUUCCCAGCGUACAGAAGCUCCUCAUCGCGGCGGGGUUGCUGGACGGCUCGAUACCGACCGUGACGGGCAAGACCUUGGCCGAGAACGUUGCGAGUUGGCCCAGCCUGCCCAGUGACCAGGUCAUGAUCCGCAGCCUCAGCGACCCGAUCAAGAAGAGCGGCCACAUCCAAAUCUUGAAGGGCAACUUUGCGCCGUCGGGUGCCGUGGCGAAGAUCACGGGGAAGGAAGGGUUGAAGUUCACGGGCAAGGCGCGCUGCUUCGACAAGGAGGUGCAGCUCAACGAGGCCCUGAACCGUGGUGAGAUUCCUCGAGGCGAGAAUCUCGUCCUCAUCGUGCGUUACGAAGGGCCCAAGGGCGGUCCUGGCAUGCCGGAACAACUGAAGGCCAGCGCGGCCAUCAUGGGUGCGGGGCUCACGAACAUCGCCCUGGUGACGGACGGCAGGUACUCUGGGGCGUCGCACGGGUUCAUCGUGGGGCACGUGUGUCCUGAAGCCGCCGUGGGGGGACCGAUCGCUCUGGUCAAGGAUGGAGACGAGGUGACGAUCGAUGCAGAGACGAAUUCCAUCUCCGUGGACGUGAGCGUCGAUGAAAUGGAAAAGAGAAAAGCUGCCUGGACCCCGCCUAGGAUGGUGGUUACCAGGGGUGCAUUGGCGAAAUAUGCGGCCUUGGUCAGUGAUGCUAGUCAUGGAGCCGUGACCGAUCUAUUUUGA